GCCUUCAAAAUUGGGGAAAUUGAUUAAUUUGCGUUAUCUUGAUAUUAGUGGUAUUUAUUUAAAAGAGAUGCCCAGUGACAUAGGUAAUUUGAGAAGUCUACGAACAUUGACUGAUUUCAUUGUGGGCAGAAAGAAUGGGUCAAGGAUUGGGGAAUUGAGAAAGCUUUCAGAUAUUCAGGGAAGGCUUAAAAUUUCAAAGCUGCAUAAUGUAGAAAGUGGUGGGGAUGCAAUGGAAGCCAAUUUGAAGGAUAAGAGGUACCUUGAUGAGUUAGUGUUAGCUUGGGAUAAAGAUAAAGAAACUGAUGACGUUAGACAAAAAGUAGUAGCUUGGGAUAAGAAAACUGAUGAUGUUACACAGAAAGGAGCACCUUGGGAUAAGAAAACUGAGGAUGUUAUACAAAAAGGAGAUAUACUCAACAAUUUUCAGCCUCAUAGAAACCUAAAGAGACUCUACAUUAGUUCCUUUGGUGGUUCAAGAUUUUCAGAUUGGAUAGGAAAUCCUUCAUUCUUCAGCCUUGUGUCCCUAGAGCUCUUCCACUGUGAACAUUGCUCAUCCUUGCCACCACUUGGGCGGCUUCCAUCUCUUAAACAUCUUCAUGUGCAAGGGAUGACAGGGAUAGAAAAGGUGGGUAGUGAGUUUUAUGGGAAUACGUCUUCCUCGGCCACAGUUCAUCCCUUCUUCCCAUCCCUUUGCACUCUAAGAUUUAAGUUUAUGUGGAAUUGGGAGAAAUGGUUAUGUUAUGGAGGCAGACGUGGAGAAUUCCCUCGGCUCCAGGAGCUCUAUAUAAUCAACUGUCCCAAACUUAUUGGGAAGUUAUCCAAGCAGCUCCGUUCCCUGAAGAAACUUGAAAUUACUAAUUGCCCGCAGCUACUUGGGGCUUCAAUCCGAGUUCCUGCCAUCCAUGAAUUGAUGAUGGUCAAUUGUGGUAAGUUACAGUUGAAAAGGCCAGCCUGCGGUUUCACAUGUCUUGAAAUUUUAGAAAUUUCAGACAUCUCACAAUGGAAACAACUACCAUCAGGACUGAAGAAGCUUUCAAUUAAAGAAUGUGAUUCUACAGAGACCUUAUUGGAGGGAACACUGCAAAGCAACACCUGCCUUCUUCAACAUUUGGUAAUUAGAAAUAGUUCUUUCUCCAGAUCUUUGCUCAUGGUUGGUUUGCCUAGUACAUUGAAAUCACUAAAAAUCUAUAACUCUACCAAACUAGAGUUUCUCCUACCUGAGUUGUUGAGAUGCCACCACCCAUUCCUUGAAUAUAUAUGGAUUGAAGGUAGCACCUGUGAUUCUCCUUCAUUAUCCUUGUCAUUAAGCAUCUUCCCCAGGUUGACUAAUCUCAGAAUGGAAGACCUUGAGGGGCUUGAAUCUCUAUCCAUUUUGAUAUCCAAGGGAGACCCCACAUCUCUUAGUUGCUUAACUGUCACAGCAUGCCCUGGUCUUGUAUCGAUUGAAUUGCCUGCUCUCAACUUAGCAAGCUAUUGGAUCUCCCAUUGCUCGGAGCUCAAGUUUCUGAAGCACAACCUCUCAUCUUUGCAGAGAUUGAGUUUAGAGGCUUGUCCAGAAUUGUUGUUCGAGAGAGAGAGUUUGCCCUUGGACUUACGUGAACUUGAAAUUUCAAACUGCAAUAAACUCACCCCCCGGGUGGACUGGGGUUUGCAAAGAGUGGCCUCUCUUACACAUUUCACAAUCAGGAAUGGAUGCGAAGACAUGGAAUUAUUUCCUGGUGAGUGCCUGCUGCCCUCCACUCUUACCUCUCUUGAAAUUGAGCAUCUUCCUAAUCUCAAGUCUCUGGAAAGCAAGGGGCUUCAACAACUUACCUCUCUCACAAAAUUAUCCAUCCUUAACUGCCCUAAGUUCCAAUCCUUUGGAGAAGUGGGUCUUCAACAUCUGACCUCUCUUCGCCAUAUACAGAUUAGUUACUGCCCUGUUCUCAAAUCCUUAACAGAUGUGGGUCUUCAACACCUCCUCUCUCUUGAGGAAUUGUGGGUCAUCGACUGUCCUAAGCUCCAAUACCUGGCAAAAGAGAGACUGCCAAACUCCCUCUCUUGUCUGACAAUCAAGGAAUGUCCUUUGCUGGAACAUCGUUGCCAAUUUGGGAAAGGCCAAUAUUGGCAUUAUAUUGCUCACAUUCCACACAUAAUCAUCAAUGAUGUGCUAUACUAAUGAAGGCAGAAGUGUAUGAAUGUGCACUCAGGGUUUGACUGAUAUGUCUCCAGUCAUAAGGCAUGGUAUGAAGCAGCUCUCCAGGCAUACUAGUUUACUUUUCUUCUUGAGCCUCAAUUAUGAUUUGUGGUAAUUUUAAUUGUUUUGAUCCUUUGUCAUGACCUAUUAUGGAUUCCUACCUGUUGAUUUCUUCUGGAUGGUUCAAUAGUGGAGACUUCAUUUUCUAAUUCGCAAAUUACAGGUUUCUCUUAAUCAUGACUACAUCAUUUUGUAGGUUCUAUGAGGUUGACAUGUUUAAAGGAACAGGUAUGCUUUCUUUUGGCUAAUACUUUUCAAUAGCUAGCUCAUUUUGUGUUCUAUGUUGCUUCAAUUUACAAUAAAAUUGUUACAAGGGUUCUGCCAGAUGGAAGGUGGAGUGAGGAAGAUGUUGCUGUUCUAGUGCCUGGAUGAAUUUUCCUAUUGAACACAUAGGUGCUAUUUCUAUUGAUAGUUGCCUUUUUUAUAAAGAUGAACUGAAUUGACCAGUCUGAGACGGACUUCAUUGUGGUUCUACUGGCAAACAGGGAGAGUUCAUCACUUUUUUUAUACCACUCCAACAGUUAGGCCACCUCCCAAAG